GCAUCCAGAUCAGCUAUCUUCAUCUGAAAAUGAGAGAAUGAGCGUAGUGAAGCCUCCUCCAAAUCUAGACGAUAUUAAGGCGAAGAUAAAACAGAAUAAGAAGGGAAGAUCAAGCAGCUUUUUCCAUAACAAGCAGAAAAUGGACCAAGAAAGAAAUAUGGCUCUGCUUGAUCAACCUUAUGUGCCUGAAGGAGUCAGACACAAGAAGGAAAAAUCAGAAAAUCCCUCUGAGUCCAGUGGCUCUUAUAUGGAAGAACGAUAUUAUAAUAGAAGGCCAUCAGAAGAGUCUACAAAGGCAAAGACUAAGUCUAGGAGAAGAAAUCCAAACUUUGUACAAAAUCCUAAAGUUGGAGUGAUGGUUGGUCCUGAGAGAUCAUAUCCAGAAGGUGCCCCAGCAUACAACAAAGGAAGAAAAGAGCCAAACAAGAGGAUUCUCCCUGCUAAUACAAUGCUAAGUGGGCAUUCACUUGACAGCCGCCCAGUAAGACUCGACGGAAGUUAUCUAUCUCCUCUAUCAGAAGAGAAUAAGGAUGUCCCAGAAUUUGAAACUCCUUCAGAAGUUGAGGAGCUUUACAAUGAUUUAUUCAAAACCAUACCUCAAAAUAUAAAGAAUCCCUCAGAAUCAGCCUCCCAAAAGUCUAAAGACUCUGGUCCUUUAAAUUCUCAGAGAGAUCAUCAAAAGGAUUGGGCAAAUACUCCACUGUAUGAAGAAUAUGCUAAAGCAGGAAUAACUCUCAAAAAUUCUAAAUUUGAUCCUACUUUCAGCUACAAGAAGUAUAACCGACAAGAAGGCGAGAGCUACAAUUUCUACAAUGAGCAAGAGUCGAAAGAGGUCUAUGAGUUCGUACGCAACAGGUAUGAAUCCCAAAAUUAUGACAAAUCCAUAAAGCCGUUCUAUGAAACAGCUAUGAAUACACUCUGAUGGAUCUAUGAAGACCAAAUGGAGCUAAAUACCUUCAAGAAGAUCAAAAAGAUGUACAAAAAGAUAGAUGUAGUGGCUACUCUGAAAUUGUUACUCAGGUGUCAGCUGAUUUAUAGCGCCAGGAAUGACAUUUUGAACAUAUUUGAAUGCAUCAGGGUCUUCAAGAUCCUUAAAGUAAAGGCAAAGAACCUGGUAAAUGUCAACUAUGACUUCAGAGAAGAUGCUCGUACAACCACCCAAAGAAUGAGAAUGAUCUGUAAGGAUCUUGAAAAGUACCAGGGACUACUGAUCCAGUACAUCAUCAAGUUUUUGAAAUAACAACAAGAUAUUUGAGAACAAGAUGUUCAUAUUUGAAGGGAAGGACUGGCUCUCCUAUUCCAUCAAUGAAUACCAUCAGAUUUCAGAAAGAGCUGCUAAAGUAGGUGUGAGGAUGAAAACGACGAAAGAACUUAGUAUGAUGAAUGGGGCUUAAAAUUUAAAUAUCUCUCAAUAAUUAUAUCUA